GCAGCUCUUUAAGAUUAGCGCAGCAUUCCAGCACUAGCGACAGCGCCCAGUCAGAGACCGGAGCAGCGAGAGUGCCACGUCAGCAGCUACGUGUACCCGGAUACUUGAUGCGCCGCAGCCUACGAUUGGCUGAGCGCGAAUCCCCGGGAACCAAGCCCCAACAGGGACCCAAGUCACCUCGGAUCUUGCGCAAAUGGAGCACGGUCUUGGCUGCAGCAGCCGGCUCCGCUGGCAGCAACAUGCCAAGCAGCCCCAAGAGGCCGGUCCCCCCUCCUGUGCCAGUUCAACGGGCAGAUGAAACCGCACUCGUGUUUCUCGAGCGUCUCCAACAGUAUGCGGAGACCACUGCCGCCGAACUUCGCAAAUGGGAGAAGGAAGAUGCCGCCCGCCGGGAAGCCAUUCGACUCCAACAGGAAGCGGAACAAGCAACACUGCAGAAGGCCGCUGCCGAAGCUGCAGCAGCCCCACGGCUACAACUGCAGCAGCUCGACGCAACUCAGACUCAGGCUCGGUACCAGACUGCAAUGAACCUUGUAAAUGAAGAAGCCACAUACCGCAAUCUCCUUCGACAGCAGCAUUUUCGAGCAAAUGAAGAACAAGAGGAGCCGAUCGAGGAAGAGAGACUGAGGAAAAGCACAUCAAUUUUCAUGGAGAACCUGCUUUACACGUGCAAUUGGCAGCAACGUGAAUUGUUGGCCAUGCAGCGGGUCAUCAUCGGCCUUGAGAACAUAUUCAAGGCCAUCAACGACCGACUGCAGGACUCUAUCGAAGCCGGAAUGGCACGACUGUCCGCAAUCGAGUCAACAGGCGGUGCAGUUUCAAACCGGAGCCCAGCUUUGGCGGCUCAAGCCAAGCAAAUCGAGGAGCGAAUCAACCAUGUGGUCGCAUCUCUUGGCGACAUCAGCCAGUUCGCUGGAACGUCGACAGUCAGCAACCAGCUGCAGACGCUCAGCGAUCACGUUCAACAACGCACGGCAGCAGUCAAGGAAAGAAAGAUGUCGAACUUCAAGAUUGAGAAGUUCGAUGAUUACCACAAGACCAAUCCGUUGCAAUGGUGGAUGGCAUUCAACGCGGAGGCCGAUGAACAUCAUACACCGCCUACACGGCGGAUGGAUGCGCUCUACCUCCAGCUUAUUGGCGGAGCACAAGCAUUCAUGACGCACAUGCCGUCACGCUCGAAUGUACCAUCGCCACCCUCCACACGAAGAUCACCUACCCUUGGCAGCGACUUUCAGUAUGAGACCUUCGACGACAUGAUCGCCAAGGCUAGAGAACUCGUACAAGGUAACCGGCGUGCGGCCAACGAGAAUCGCCCGCAGCCCGGUAACAUGGAGAAAGGCAAAGUCUCUCUCGCGUCCGGGGAUGACGCGGUAGUCGCAAGCUCUCAGAUUAACUUCGAGAACUAUGCUAUCGACCUGGUCCCGCAGUUGAACCAGCCUCUCCACGUGCAAGCUUCUAGCGCAUGCGUGGUGUUACCGCCGUCGGACAACGAACCGGUUGCUUCGCCAGCCCUUCUAUCGGAGGAUCAGCCAACUUGGGCGAGUCUUGAGGAACUCAAUCCAUUGACGGUUGAGGACUUCCAAUGGUUGCCUCUUCCCUCCACCGGUUCUUUGCCUACACCGCAUUGCAACGCCCUCAUGGCACAUUUGCGCGAAUACUUGCAUGCUGUAGUACCACCUCCGUCGACAGACGGCGGAGUAGCGGUUGUUGACCUUCCCGACUAUCUUGCGAAAAUCAACCGUGAGUACACAGCGCAACGGUACGUCGACAUCGACGCGCCGCUCCUCUACAUCCGCAUUCAGAUCGGAAAGGCGACCUGCAGCGCCUUGAUUGAUUGUGGAGCAUCUCACAACUACAUCAGCCAAGACUUCAUGGCACGCCUUGGGCUGGGCCCGCGCGUUCGAAGGAAAAGUCAGCCUAUGCACGUCACGUUGGCCGAUGGCCGCACACAAAAGUCAAUCGACCGCUGCGUUGAUUUCGUGCCCGUGUACUUUGCCCGACAAGCAUGUGAGGCUGUGUCAUUCGACAAACUGGACACUAAGUUCGAUAUGAUCCAAGGCAUAUCGUGGCUGCAAAGCGAAGACCAUCCGGUGAACUUCUUCCGCCACACCGUUCACGUUCGUGAUCGGCAAGGCGAACUAGUCUCGUGCACGGUGCCGCCUCCUCAUCCUUCGAUUGGUUGCCACGUGGUAUUUGCGGUGAGCAUUCGCCAAUCCAUCAUCCGACACGACGUCGAGGAGAUGGGCAUUUGUUUUCUUCACGCCCUCCCUCCCGAUGGCCAGCCCAAGACGGACACAUCGGACCCACGUAUCAAUGAGUUGUUGGACAGCUACGAGGAUGUCUUCCAAGCUCCCGCCGGAGUCGUACCGGAUCGACCCAUACGUCACGGGAUCACUCUCGAGAACGGCGCCGUACCUCCGCGCGGAUGUAUUUACCGCAUGAGCGAAGAGGAGCUUCAAGUGCUUCGGGCACAACUAGACGACCUCUUGGCCAAGGGCUGGAUUCGCCCUAGCGGCUCGCCAUACGGUGCUCCAGUCCUCUUCGUCCGGAAGAAGAACAAGGACCUUCGGUUGCGCAUCGAUUAUCGAAAACUCAACGCACAAACGAUCAAGAACGCCGGCCCUCUCCCUCGGAUCGAUGACCUUCUCGAGCGACUCAGCGGCGCCAAGUACUUCUCAACGCUAGACCUCAAGUCCGGUUAUCACCAGAUCAAGAUUCAGCCAAUAGAUAAGUACAAGACCACGUUCAAGACGCGAUAUGGACACUUUGAGUGGAUCUUCAUGCCCUUCGGUCUCACCAAUGCCCCGGUGACUUUCCAAGUGGCAAUGACGACGGAAUUCCGCAACUUGCUCGACCACACCGUACUUAUUUACCUCGAUGAUAUCUUGGUUUAUAGCCAGUCGCUGGACGAGCAUCUCGAGCACCUUCGCGACGUCUUGGAGCGGCUUCGUAUCGCCAAGUACAAGGCGAACCGCGGCAAAUGCGAGUUUGCCCAGCAAGGGUUGGAGUACUUGGGCCAUUACGUUACACUGCAAGGUAUUCGUCUGCUCGCGGACAAAGUACAAGCCAUCCAAGAUUGGCCGGACCUCGCAUGCACCAUUGACGCCCGCUCCUUUCUCGGCUUAGCAUCAUACUACAUGCGCUUCGUCAAAGUUCAACGAAUCGCUGCACCAUUGACGCGACUUCAGUCCCCCUUGGUGCCCUUCGAAUUCAACGACGAAGCCCGGCAUGCGUUCCGUACGCUGAAGACGACAUUGCUGCAAGCUCCCGUCUUAAGCAUCUACGAUCCGACCUUGCCGACCAAAGUGACAACGGACGCUUUCGGCAACGGCAUCGGCGCGGUCUUGGAACAACAUGACGGCACCGAUUGGCAUUCGAUUGAGUACUUCAGCCAAAAGGUGCCACCCAUCAAUACACUUGAUGAUGCGAGGAAGAAGGAACUCCUAGCUUUUGUCACCGUACUUAAGCGUUGGCGUCACUUCCUCCUCGGGCGUCGGCGAUUCACGUGGGCAACGGACAACAAUCCGUUGACAUACUACAAGACGCAAGAUACGGUGAGCAGCACGAUCGGUCGCUGGAUGUACUUCAUUGACCAGUUCGAGUUCACCUCCAAGCAUAUACCGGGUCCCUCGAACAAGGCGGCGAAUGCUCUCUCGCGAAGACCUGAUCUUUGCGCCAUGGUGCAUUCCACGUUCGUCCUCGACGAGGACCUCCAACGGCAUUUCAUUAACGGCUACAAGUCAGAUCCGUGAUUCUCCACACUCUACACGGACUUAUCAUCGGAUCACCCGCCAGCAAGCAACUAUC